UACAAAGUCCAGGCCUGGGCGAGACACUCAAUGGUCGACGGCUGGAUGCGUCCCUGCGCAGCCUCCUGGUGAAAAGCAGCAUGUCCGUCGGUAGUGCAAAAAAGACCUGUGAGCCCACGAUGCAGCUGGACCGACUUCGCAAGCGGCUGAGAGCCGUGGCCUUCGGGGUCCUGCUUCUCCUUGUCCCGGGCCAGGGUGAGGCUCCGACGCGGGGCGGCAGGUACCGGGGCCAGGACUCUGCCAGCCCCGUGCGGACCACGCACACGGGCCAGGUGCGGGGGAGCCUCGUCCAUGUGAAGAACACUGAUGUGGGGAUCCACACCUUCUUGGGAAUUCCCUUCGCCAAGCCACCUCUAGGGCUGUUGCGGUUUGCGCCCCCAGAACCCCCGGAAUCUUGGAGUGGUAUAAAGGAUGGGACCUCCCACCCAGCCAAGUGUCUGCAGGACUUCGCUAGCGUGAAAAGAAUGACUCUGAAACUACUGAAUGUGACCCUGCCUUCUACCUCCAUGUCUGAAGACUGCCUGUACCUCAACAUCUACACACCUGCGCAUUCCCAUGAGGGCUCUAAGCUGCCUGUGAUGGUGUGGAUCCACGGCGGUGGCUUUGUCAUGGGCAUGGCUUCCACGUAUGACGGCUCUGCUCUGGCGGCCUUCGAGGACGUGGUGGUAGUCGUUAUCCAGUACCGCCUGGGUUUGCUGGGCUUCUUCAGCACUGGAGACAAACACGCAACUGGCAACUGGGGCUACCUGGAUCAAGUGGCCGCAUUACGCUGGGUCCAGCAGAAUAUCAUCUACUUUGGAGGCGACCCUGACCAUGUCACCAUUUUUGGCGCAUCUGCGGGUGGCAUGAGCGUGUCUUUGCAUGUUGUGUCCCCCAUGUCCAAAGGACUCUUCCACUGUGCCAUCAUGGAGAGUGGCGUGGCCCUGCUGCCCAACUUCACCGCCAACUCAUCUGACGUGGUCUCCACAGUGGUGGCCAACCUGUCUGCCUGUGGCCAGGUUGACUCAGAGGCCCUGGUGGACUGCCUGCGGCACAAGAGUGAAGAGGAGAUUCUGGCCAUCAGCAAGCCCUUCAGCAUCAUCCCUGGCCUGGUGGACGGGAUCUUCCUGCCCAAGCACCCCCAGGAGCUGCUGGCCUCUGCCGACUUGCACCCUGUCCCCAGCAUCAUUGGUGUAAACAGCGAUGAGUAUAGUUGGAUCCUCCCCUCGUUCAUGAACAAUUCUGACGCCCAGAAGGAAAUGGACAGAGAGACCAUAAAGGAUGACUUGCAGAAAAUAUCAAAAAUGAUGAUGAUGCCGCCUGAGUUUGGUGACCUGUUGAUGGAGGAGUACAUAGGGGAAAGUGAGGACCCCCAGACCCUCCGAAUCCAGUUCCAUGAGAUCCUGGGGGACUGCAUCUUCGUGAUCCCUGCACUCCAAGUAGCAAAGUUGCAGUGUUCCUCUGCCCCUGUCUACUUCUACGAGUUCCAGCAUCAGCCGAGCUUCUUCAGGGAUUUCAGGCCGAGCUAUGUGAGGGCAGACCAUGGAGAUGAGGUUCACUUCAUCUUCAGAAGCCUUUUCGGGAGCAGCCACAUCCAACUCACUGAGGAGGAGGAGCUGCUGAGCAGGAAGAUGAUGAAGUAUUGGGCCAACUUUGCUCGAAAUGGGAACCCCAACGGCGAGGGUCUGCCCCACUGGCCUGUGUUCAACCAGGAGGAGCAGUACAUGCAGCUGAACACGCAGCCUGCAGUGGGCCGAGCCCUGAAGGCCCACAGGCUGCAGUUCUGGACGAAGAUCCUACCCCAGAAGAUACGGGAGCUAAUGGAGGCCAAGGAGAAGCACACAGAACUGUAACUGCCUGCGUCUGGGGGGAGGGGGGUGGAGGGGUGGGCUUGAGUGUAGGUGGGGGUCUGCUGGAUGUGCCCACACACACCCAGUGAGGAGCCAGUAGUUUUUUCCUUCAUUCACAUAGCCAUUCAUUCAUUCAUUCAUUUGUCUACCCAUCCAUCCAUCCAGCAAACAUUGAAGAACCUACUGCAUGAUGUUCCCAAGCCUGCCAUGGGUCCUCUCUUGUUAGACACAAUCCAUAAACCCUCCCAGGAAGCUGGAUGAGCGAACCCCAAUGGAAGUUUACCUUCCUCAACACCCCACUGGGCCCUGGGCCCUAUCCUCCCUUCCUCACCUCCACUCCCACCCCACUCUCUUUCUCUUCUCCCUCUGAAGGAAGGUGCUUUGGGGCAUGUCGCCCACACUUGGCUCUCAGCAAGGCCCCCAUGCUUUCCAUCUGUAAAUGGCCAAUAGAAGCCUGGAUACCAGGAGCCUGGGAGCUCUGAGAUCUCAGCCCCACUGAGGCUCCCAACUACUAAGAAUGUAAAUGUCCCUGUCCCCACUCAUUGUCCCCCUAGAUUAAGUGUCGUCUAUCAUUGACAUUUAAACAACCUACUCAUUCACUUAUCAGUGUCCCACGGAGGUAACUGACGCCAUUUUUUGUAGGAACUCAGAGUGGGCUUGUCCAUGGGUCCCUGGAGCCUGGACCAGCUGCCCACUGGCCAGGAGAAGCAGGCAGGUUCCUCAGUCACUGCCUCCGGAAGUUUGUCUUCAUUCUCAGUGGUUCUGCAGACACUGUAGGGCCCAAGCUUUACAUGACUGUAGCACAUCCAUGGAGAUGUUUAUCUGUGGGAUGUUUCCUGGAAGUAGGAUUGAGGGGUCAGAAGAUCCAGGCAUAUCUAGGGGAAGAGACUCUUGUCGGCUGGCUCCCAAGGGCCUCUUCAUCCAGGGAGGUCUCCUCUUGCCUUUUAGAAUUCCCCUUGCUACCCUGCCCCCCUCCCCCACCCCCUCUGCUGAGCAUCACCCAACUCACCAAUUCACUGUGGGUAUCCACGUGAUUAGUUUUCCUACUUAUCUCAUUGUUUUCCCCAAACUUUUAUUCCCCCUGCACCAUCUCCCGCCCACAAAAAAACCCUAUCUUACAUUUUAUCUCAAUAUGUAGAGGUACCAGUUAUGUUCACUCUGCCUGUUUGUGCCACCAAAGCACUUUCUCUCUAUUAUUAAGAAGCUGUAUCCCUCUUCUCAUAGCUCCAGGACUCCCUAUCUCUGACCCUCUGGGCACCAGGUUUCCCAGGAGGAAGGUCCCCCUUCUUACUGCCCCACUAUAGAGCCUCCUGAAGUUGGGCUUGAAGGUUGGAGAUUCCUGCAUUGCCAACUAUGGCCACCAGAUGGCAGGCUAGCAUAACCUUAAGCUUGAGAUGACCAACUCUGGAGCCGGAAGGAGCUUUCCUUCCAAAGAACACUGCCUGGUCCUAAUGCUCCCCCCCCCACCCCCCCACCCCCGCAUCCUGAAAGCAUUUAUUGAGCACCUAUGGCAUGCAUGCCUCUGUUUUUCAGUACUGCAUAUGCACAGUAUACUUCCCAAAAGUGGAUUCCCAGAACUAAUUUUUAGGACUAGUUUUAGUUAAUCUUAUUUUUUUUAACAGCUUUAUUGUGGAAUAAUUUACAUACAAUCAAAUUCACCCAUUUUAGGUGUACUGUUUGAUAAAUUGGGAUAAAUGUAUAAGACAUACAACCACCAUCACAUCAAGUUUUAGGAUGCAUCCAUUGCUCAGAAAAGUUCCUUUAGGGACUUCCCUAGCGGUCCAGUUGUUAGGACUUCGCCUUCUGAUGCGGGGGGUGUGGGUUCAAUCCCUGGUGGGGGAGCUGGGAUCCCACAUGCCUCGUGGCCAAAAAGCCAAAACAUAAAAUAGAGGCAAUAUUGUAACAAAUUCAAUAAAGACUUUAAAAAUGAUCCACAUCAAAAAAAAAAAUCUUAAAAAAAAAAAAGUUCCUUUACGCCACUUUGCACUGCCCUGACCCUGGUCCCUCACAACCACUAAAUCGCUUUCUGUUGCUAUAGUUUGCCUUUUCUAAAAUGUCAUAGAAAUGAAAUCAUUCUUUUACCAGCUUCUGUCUCUUAGCAUAAUGUUUUUGAGAUUCAACUAGUAGUUCUCUUUUCUUGCUGAAUAGUAUUCCAUAUAUGACAUGCCACAUUUUAUCCAUUCAUCCAUUGAUGGAUAUCUGAGUGAUUUCUAUUUUUUGGUUAUUUUCAAUAAAGUUGCUAUGAACAUUUUCAGAUAA